AUGAACAACCAUUCUCCUCCUUUGAUCUCACCUUACAUACAACGAAAAAAUUCAGCCACCACUGGUGGUGGGACUAAAACCCAAAAGCGCCCAAAGGCUACAAAGUCACAUACAGCACCUCCAGCGUCAAGCGGACGAGUUACAAAGCGUAAUAGCGUUAGUAAUGCAACUAAAGCUGGAAAAGGUGAAAGUUCCACACGAGGAGCCGGUAGAGGUGGUAGGGGCGGCAGAGGUGGUAGUACCCGUGGCCGUAAACCAAGUUUACAACGUCAACCCCCAGGCUCUCUUAUGUUAGAACAUUUAGAGAGUGCUAGCGUUCAUUCAACCGCGACAACACCAGCUUCAAGUACCCCUUCAAGAGAUAUUGCUCCACAGACACCUGGUGAAGAAAUUGAUCAAUACAUUAGACAGGAUGAAGAAAUAACGGAUACAGAUCUUGAAAAAACGAAUAAAGAUGUAAAACCCUCUAUGAACAACACAACUUUCUCGAAAGAACAAACAGAACGAUUUGAAGUGUACAGACGUUCGGCUUUGAGUAAACCAAAUAUCAAAAAGUUGGUAAGUGGUAUUCUGGGACAACCAUGCUCAAAUAAUAUUUCAAUUGUGGUAGCCGGGUUUUCCAAGAUUUUUAUCGGAGAAAUCGUUGAAAAAGCAUUGGACAUUAAAAAAGAGUGGGGUUCAGAAGGACCUCUUUCACCUGAUCAUAUACGAGAAGCAUUUAGACGAUAUAAACAGGAAACAGGAUUCACUAUUCAUAAUUAUCAAAAAAGAUUGUUGCGACGUUAG